AUGACGAACGUACUCAGGUUAAUUUAAGUUAAUCGAAUUGUUGCCUGUUUAUUUACAAGUGACUAGGCUAAAGCUUGAAAGAUUCGAACGAAUUCAGUGUGAAAGUGAUACAGUGCGGGUAAAGCAGUUGGCGGAAAAACGGGGCCAAAAGAACGACCGUCAACAUGAAUCUGCACGAGCCGGUUGAUCCGAAUAAGCCUUUCGAUGAGCUGACACCGGAAGAAAAGAUGAGACUGGAGCACAUUAAAAUGUAUGAAAAACACAAGGGCCAUGAAUCGAUGCACAUGGAAAUGGUUGUGAUACUGCUGGUCACGCUCAUAAUUGCCCAAGUAGUGUUGGUAGAAUGGAAGAAACGCCAUUACAGAUCAUACUCGCUAAUGACACUACUCGCCCUGUGGAUAAUACCAUUCGUACUCAGCUUACGCAGCCAAUACUGGCGGUUUAUCUUCUUCUGGCUAAUAUUCAGCUGCAUCACCGGGCUGGUGAUGCGCAAAGCGGUACGCAAACCGAUCUCCGGCACCACACCACGGCUCGUUUACAAAUGGUUUUACUUCAUCUACAAACUCAGCUACCUGCUCGGCAUCAUUGGGUACAUUGUGAUGAUGUUUACGUUUUUCGGCGUAAACUUCAUCUUCAACCAACCGCCCCACACGUGGAUGGACGUUGGGCUGUUGCUGGUGUUUUACGGAUUGUACUACGGUGUGCUUGGCCGUGACAUAUCGGAAAUCUGUGCCGAUAAAAUGGCCUGCCACAUUGGGUAUUACACCCCGAAGGGUAUACCGACGAGGCAUCUCGAGCGAAAUGUGUGCGCUGUGUGUGGCAAUCAGUUGCUGACGGACGUGAACGAGUCCGGUGUGAUUGAGAACACGUUCAAGCUGACCUGUGAUCAUGUUUUCCACGAGUUUUGUAUCCGCGGUUGGUGCAUCGUGGGGAAGAAACAAACCUGCCCGUAUUGCAAGGAAAAGGUUGACCUGAAAAAAAUGUUCUGUAAUCCGUGGGAACGUCCCCAUGUACUGUACGGUCAGCUACUGGACUGGAUCCGGUGGCUUGUGGCAUGGCAACCGUUAAUACUGUUCAUUGUGCAAGGUAUCAACUGGAUGCUCGGGCUGGAGUAGAACCCACACCAAUGCGAACCAUUUGUUCCACAUUCGUUUAUUCCAUCUCCUAUCGGACGAUUCCACUAGUCGCGCUGGCAAUUGAUUAACUUCAUGUGUGUAUUUUAAUUGAGCUGUUAUUUUACUCUUCCUUUUGUUAAUCGAAACCAAAAAGAGCACUGGUGCUGUUUCUGGAGCUGGUAUCUCGUCGGCUCCUCAUAGUUUAGGUUGUAAACCGUUCUAUAUGCCUCUUGAUUCAAAUCACUUUUGUAGACCAAACGUAGAUAGCACCGGGUAGACAUCUGUUUUGAGAGGAGCAUUUCUUUUGGGUAAACUUGGAGAGAUCAUUAAUUUUAAUUAGUUUUGCGUAUUAUUUUCAAUGUGUGGAAAGUUUUAAGUUCAAGAUAGACCAGAUUUUUAAAUGAUUUCCUUGAAACUUUUUGCAAUCCUAAUAAUAAGAAACUUCGUGAAAUAUCAUCUUUACCGACAAGAGUUAAAUAUGUUGUGAGGUUGUACUUUCCAAUCAAUUUAUUUUCCAUUUUUUCUUUAAUGUACAGACUUGUGCCAUAAAGUGUACCUUGUUCGA